AUGAUGUGGAUCCAGGACGAAGAGGAUUCAGCUUCAGACGGAGAGAGCAGCUCUGAAGAUGAGGGACAGUUACAGUGUGAAAUCCUGGAAAAGCAACGUGAUGAAGCCAAUCAGAAACUGUGUGAACUGGAGGAAGCGUCCGCUCAGCUGCUGAAGGAGAUGAACAUGUUGGAGAUUCAGUUUGAGGUGGAGCGUUCGUGCAGGGAGUCGGCGGAGGCUCUGGCUGUCGAGGUCACCAGAGAAAACAAAGUAUUAAAAAGACAGAGCCAGAUUCUGCUGCCGCUGAUCCCAGAACUGCCUGAAAACUUCGAGGCCAGUGUUUGUCUGGAUGAAGACCAGUGUGAAGGGUCUGAGCGGGUUCAUGGAGGAGACGAGUGCGACGGGGCAGCGAACCAUUCCCUGCUGCAGAGCCAGGCCACAAUAACAGAGCUGAGGGCCUCAGUGGAAGGACUUCUGUCUGAGAAACUCCGACUGGAAAACCAAGUGGACACUUUGACCAAACAGCAGGAAGCUCUGAGAGAACAGCUGGCCACGGAGCAGGAAGAGAAAGAAAACAUAUUGAAAAGGAUGAACAAACAAAGCAAAACCAUGAAUAAGAUAAAAAGAGUGUCCGAGCUCGUCACGGAGGAGUUCACCGAGAUGUGGCAGAGACUGGAGCUGGAGCAGAGCCUGAGGCAGCAGGCCGAGGGAUGGGCCGUCCAGAUGUUAGAAGUGCAGAAAAGUAACGUUCCGCCAGCACCAAACCAGGAGACCCAUGUCCAGCUGCAGAAGGCGCUGGAGCAGAUCUCUCAGGUCCAUGGUGUGUUGAGCGACGUGCGGAGCUUCUACCAGAAUCAGAACCACACGGUGAUGGAGGAGGUGAUGGAGGAGGUGAUGGAGGAGGUGAUGGAGGAGGUGAUGGAGGAGGUGAUGGAGGAGGUGAUGGAGGAGGUGAUGGAGGAGGUGAAGGAGGAGGUGAUGGAGGAGGUGAUGGAGGAGGUGAUGGAGGAGGUGAUGGAGGAGGUGAUGGAGGAGGUGAAGGAGGAGGUGAUGGAGGAGGUGAUGGAGGAGGUGAUGGAGGAGGUGAUGGAGGAGGUGAUGGAGGAGGUGAAGGAGGAGGUGAUGGAGGAGGUGAUGGAGGAGGUGAUGGAGGAGGUGAUGGAGGAGGUGAAGGAGGAGGUGAUGGAGGAGGUGAUGGAGGAGGUGAUGGAGGAGCAGAGUUCACAUGACGCUGAGAGAGAGGCCUUUAAAGUCGAGCUGCAGGAUUUGAAAGAGAAGCUGAAAAGCUGCAUGAACGAGAAGAAAGCUCUGGAGCUGCAGCUCUCUGAGGCCGACAGGACUGCAGCUGCUCUCCAGCAGGAAGUCGCACUGUUCAAAGACUCAACUCCAUCGAUGGAUGAACAGAAACCUCAGGCUGCUGUGGUUCCUCCUCCUCCACCUCCUCCACCUCCUCCACCUCCUCCACCCGCCCCUGCUGUGGACAGCACUCUUCAAAUGAUUAAGAACAGAAGAAAAGAAUCUGCUAAAAGUGGCGUCGCAAAGAAGGGAGCAGCUUUUGCAGAUAUCAAAUCAAUAGCUAUGAAUGAAAUGAUGGAAAGGAUUAAGAAAGGAAUAAUCCUGAGACCAACUGCUCCAGCGCCGGAGGAUGUCGGGACAUGGGAGGAUCAAAGAAGUGAAAACCGAAAAUCAACCAUUGUGGAACUUAAAGAAGUCUUGAACACUUUGAACCUGAGGCCCAGGCGCAGACGGUCCUCCACACGGUCCUCCACACGGUCCUCCAGGAGAGGUCUGAGCAGACAGGUGGGGGAGUGGGAGCUGCUGUCGGUGCUGCAGAGGAGGAGGAGAGUCAUGGAGGACGGUGCAGACUCAGAGGAGGCUCCACAGGGUUCGACCAGUUCAGUGAAGCUUCAGGAUGUUUGA